UUUUCAGAUUUUUGCUUUUGUUUCAAAAUCUGACACAAUCUUUGAUUAUUUCCAACAUGCAAUGAUUUUAACUUCGAAUUAUAUGACUUCUUGCACUGGUAUGGGGGCGCUCGAUUUCAAGCACUGAUAUCCGAUUUACUUUUACUAUAGAAAUGUAUUCAUGGUAUUUGUUUUUUACAUUUGGCUUACUGAGUGUGUUUACUGCUUGGUAAGCACAUGAUCAGCGUGUGUUUUUAUAGAUGUUAAAGCCUUAACUUCGAAAUUUCUUGAUGGGAACUUUUGGCUACUGUUGUCCGCAGCUAAAUUUGAUUUUGUAUACAUGUGUGCUGGUAUAUACCUGAUUAGAUUUUAUGUUUGGUCUUGGUGGUAUGGGUUUUGGUUAAGUAUUGAGUUUUGUCUUUUCAUUGGGUAUAGUAUACUGUUAAUUCCUUUCACAGUGUGCAUAAUUAUGAAUGCGUUUCUGUUCUAUGAUAUGUAGAAGCUUCUUUUGUUUACUGGGGGUACAAAACUAGGUUAAGAAUUUUGAGUAUAGGGAUUAGGUUUAAGAGUCUUGGACCCUAAGCACAUACAGGUUAAGUGUGGGAAAUAAUUUUUAAUGGGCUUGUUUUAGUUUGAAUUAUUAGAGCAAAACAGAUGCUUGCUUACUUAACUCACAUACCCUUUGACUAUGGGCAAAUCAGGCUACGGAUGGUUGGUCAUUAGGGAUUAUUGUAUAUUUUGAUUUUUCAAGGUUUCCACUGUGUACAUUACUUUCUGAAUUUCCAAUAAGAUAGUAAAAAUUUUAUGUGGAAGGAGAUAGUUACUUUAUACAGGAUGAUGGUGUUGGAUGUUUAUAACCUGUAAGACAACCUAUAGGACAACCUGUAGGGACUGUACCUUUAUGUAGGGCGAGAUGCAUCAAAUUGUGGCUGACUAGAUUUUCCAUUUCUUUAUGAAAUCUAUGUCUCAAACAUGUAGGACUCAGUGGUUUUGUUUUGUGGGAAUCGAAUAUGUGCUUUGUAACAUUGACAGCGUUGCAAGGAAUAAAAUUAUCUGGAAUGGGGCCGUUAUGAAAUGGGCGAGCAAAUAUCGUCCUUGUACUGGAGGCCGAUGGAAACUAAUGGUCAUAGGAGAGUGAGGAGAAAGGAUAAUUGUGUUCAAGAAAAUGGGGACACAAGUCAGUCAAAUGCCGCUGAUGAACUAGAUCCAUGGACUGCAUGGGCAUACAGGCCUCGGACCAUUUCAAUGUUACUUAUUGGCGCAUGUUUUCUUAUUUGGGUAAGUGGAGCCCUAGAUCCAGAAAGCAGUGCAUCUGGAGAUCUUGUUACAUCUGUAAAAAGGGGUGUAUGGGCAAUGAUUGCAGUUUUUCUUGCUUAUUGCUUGCUGCAAGCCCCAUCUACGGUUCUUAUCAGACCUCAUCCGGCAAUUUGGCGCUUGGUUCAUGGGAUGGCUGUUGUUUACCUUGUUGCUCUCACAUUUUUGCUUUUCCAGAAGCGUGAUGAUGCUCGGCAGUUUAUGAAGUUUCUCCAUCCUGAUCUUGGUGUUGAACUUCCAGAAAGAUCUUAUGGUGCUGAUUGUCGCAUAUAUUUGCCUGAAAAUCCUAAAAGCAGGUUUAAGAAUGUUUAUGAAACACUUUUUGAUGAAUUUGUUGUAGCUCAUAUAGUUGGGUGGUGGGGAAAGGCUAUACUGAUCCGUAAUCAGCCCCUUCUGUGGGUGCUUUCCAUUGGAUUUGAGUUGAUGGAGCUUACCUUCCGCCACAUGUUACCAAAUUUCAAUGAAUGCUGGUGGGACAGUAUUAUUCUUGACAUUUUGAUCUGCAACUGGUUUGGUAUCUGGGCAGGAAUGCAUACAGUUAGAUACUUUGAUGGAAAAACAUACAAGUGGGUUGGUCUAAGCCGACAGCCUAAUAUUAUUGGAAAAGUCAAACGAACACUGGGACAAUUUACACCAGCUCAGUGGGACAAAGAUGAAUGGCAUCCCUUGCUUGGUCCAUGGCGUUUCAUUCAAGUCCUCACUCUUUGCAUUGUAUUCAUGACUGUAGAGCUCAAUACUUUCUUUCUUAAGUUCUGUCUAUGGAUUCCGCCGCGGAACCCCUUGAUUGUGUAUAGGUUGAUCUUGUGGUGGCUAAUUGCAAUUCCAACAAUUCGCGAGUACAAUUCAUACCUUCAAGAUCGAACACCAGUGAAGAAGGUUGGGGCAUUUUGUUGGCUUUCCGUAGCUAUUUGCAUUAUUGAACUUCUGAUUUGCAUAAAGUUUGGACAUGGAUUGUAUCCUAAACCAAUGCCACUAUGGAUGGUAACGUUUUGGAUGUCUGCUGGAGUGGCCCUUGUAUUAUUUUUGAUUGUUUGGUCGUGGCAACUGCAUCGAAGUUUAGGGAGAAAGAGGCGAUGAUUUUACUAUAGUGGUACAUCAUUCUUUGAUUGCUUCCUUGCCCUGGUCUCAAGGUUAUCGAUCCAUGUUGUAAAUAUUUAUCACCCUUUAUUAAUUGUACAUCCUGAUUCUCUUUUAGAUUAGCGGAUCACAGUUCCUUGAGUAGAGAAUAUUUAUUCUUUCUUGCUAGCCAGGCUGUUGCAAAUACUUUUAAGGCUCGGAAAUUACUGGUUUGCCACUAUUACUGGCAGGGUUUUUCCGAGUCUGAGGAUGAGCCAUUUUGAACUACAAAUUCCUUUAUGUUGUAAUGUUUAGAUUUUUUAUUUUAUGGGUUAUAACUUA